CAGCAUAGGUAAAUUGCACAGGCAAAAAUACAUGAAUACACUUCAAUUAAAUGUUAUUUAUAACAUUUGUCGUGCAAAACAUGUGACCUCUCGACCCCGCCCACUUUUUUUAUUGGCUCUCUUCUGCCACUUCGACGUCGGUGAUUGGUCCGAUCGUUAGCGACUGCGUCAACCUGCAACAACGGAAGUGAAAGCUUCAGAUGUAGCGGCUAGUCAAAUAAGCGUUAACCGCACUGUAACACUCUUCAUUUUAUAUCUUUCGCACUAACAAAAAAAUAAAUAAAAAAUAAAAAAUGAAGGUUUUUAUCUGCAUUGUGUUGUUUUUCGUAAGUGCUGCAGCUGCUAACAAAAGCGGGGACGAUGACUGGGUGCAUCUGCCAAAUAAAUGUGAAGUAUGCAAAUUUGUGAGUAUUGAGAUGAAGUCUGCGUUUGAGGAGACUGGUAAAACAAAAGAAGUGAUAGAGACCAACUACCGCUUCCUGGAUGAUAAAGGUGCACCGCCAAUCAAAUAUGUUAAAUCUGAUAUCCGUUUCAUAGAGGUGAUGGAGAAUGUUUGUUCAAGGAUCAUGCAGUACAAUCUACACAAAGAAAGGGAUGGCAGCAAUCGAUUUGCAAAGGGCAUGUCUGAGACAUUUUCAACCUUACAUAACCUGGUCAAUAAAGGGGUGAAGGUGGUAAUGGACAUUCCUUAUGAACUGUGGAACGAGACCAGUGCAGAAGUGGCUGACCUCAAGAAACAGUGUGACGUGAUGGUGGAGCAGUAUGAAGAAGUGAUUGAAGACUGGUAUAAAGGCAACCAGGAGGAAGAUCUCACUACUUACCUGUGUGAGAAACAUGUGCUGAAAGGACAAGACACAGCCUGUCUAAAUGAGGCAUGGUCCGGGAAAAAGGGAGACACGGCGGCCAUCGCAGAGGACAAGAAGAAAAAGAAAGGCAAAAAGAAGAAGAGUAAAGACAGUGAGGACAGUCAGAAAAAAGAUAAGAAAAUGAAGAGGAAGAAGAAAAAGUCCAAGCUUCCUGAGACUGAGACCAGCAAGCGGAAAACUGAAGAGGUCGUAUACACCUCAGACGAGGAGCAGAUUCAAAAGAAAGUUCCUCUUAAGCAGGAUAAAACUGAACUCUGACAUGCCUCUCUUCAGAGCAUUUUUUUUUUUUUUUACUUUGUUUUAUGACACUUAAAUUUACAACUGAUUGAGUUUUAGACUGAAAAACAAAAUAAAAAAUUGUCUUUUUUUCUUGCAAAAAUAUCUAAACAUUCUUAAAACAAGAUUUAUUUAACAAUUUUUAACAAUUUGUGUAUGAUAAUAACACUUGCAUUGGCAAAUAUGCUUUUUUUUUUUUUUUUUUUUUUUGUUAAUAUAUGUAGUGAGAUUUCUGCUUAAUAGAAGAAUGCUGAUACAUCGUUGCUGAUAUUUUCUUUGAAAGCAAAUCAUACUGUCUUAAUCAAUUUUUUAAAGUACUUUUCUUAUUUUAAGGAUGUGUAGAUAUUAUACUGACAGUAGAAAAAUACUGAAUACAUUUUUUUUUUUUUUUUAAGCAGUCUAGUCCAUUAGUUGAAAUUAAAUAUAGGUCAAAGUGAACAUGUCCCAUGACAGCUCUGUUCAGAUAAAGCUAAAAUAAGUGGCCAUUUUCAGAUCCAGUAGCUGGUGCAAAAUGCACUUUUUGAGCAAUCAAAUCAGAGCUUUCAUUCAAACAUUUCUUAUGUUUGCUGCUCUUGCUGGUACAUAUUGGUGAUGUUUUACACAUGCUGGAAUCUUGCUUUCAGGAAAAGAACUGCAUUCACGUCAUGUCUGAAUUACCGUAAAACCGCAACUUACUGUAAAGAUCACAUCUCGGUGAUUAAACUCUGAACUGUUAUUCUGAAAGUACUUGUUUCCAUAGCAACAUUCAUAAUGCUAAUAAGGAUCCAUGUCCGGCUUUAUUGAUAAAGACAGUGAAAUUCUUAAUCACUGCAUUGUGUACAGAGCCUACUAAUUACACAAAUGUAUCUGUAUAAUCUUGCAACAUAUUUAAACGUGCACUCAGUAAUUUCCUCAUCAUUAAAUGUUUUACUCCUAAAGAAAUAAAAAGUGAUUAUGAAACAAAUGUAUAAAAUCAUACGCACUCCAGUCAUAUCAGUAACCUUAAAGCUGUUUUAUUUUACAUGGGAGAGGGUCCUCUCAUGGGGGCUGCCAUGUUAGGAUCACUUGACCAGCUAAAUAUUACUUAUUUGAAUGAUGCUGUAUGCAUGCCUCUAGAUUUUCAGAGAUGACUGCCAUAUUGACCAGCACAACAUGAACAAUAAAUUACUUGCACCUUAACGUCACCACAUCAGAUAAUAUUGUCUAUAUUAUCUAUAAUGACGU